ACCCCCAAUAGAUGGCAGCACCGACAUAGUACACAAAUAUGUAAGGGAACGAUUUCGCCCCGUCGUUCGACUUCGCUGGUAGAGAUGAUGACUCCUCGUCAUGGCACUCUGAAAUAGAUCCAUUGUUUUAUUAGUAACGGUGCUGGUGUGAUGGGUGCAGAAAGAUAGUUGACACCAAUGCUUGACAUACAAAAUGGAUGCUGAAAUCAUGAUGCACUUGGGAGCUUUGGGAAAACUAGUACUCUUUCAGAUGAAGCUCGCAUGAAUCAGGAUAUUCGGAAGAUGCUCAAUCCCGACUCCCAGUCUCUGAUGGGAUUGAGCGAGGAGGAGUUGCUCAUCCGGGCGAGGGAGGAGCGUGCAGCCAUCGUUGGGAGAUACCACCUUGGUCGCGAAGAUGGAGCCGUCAUUGUUCCGUGGGAAGAUCCAGAGUUAGAGAUAUACCAUGCCACAGACAGAUACGGAUUUAUACAUGACACACGGCUUCCCCAGUCUCGUACAAAAGAAGAAGAAAAACAAUUGGAGGUUGAAGUAUCCAGGAUACAAAAAUGGCUGAAAAUGAUAAAAGCGUGGGAUAAAUAUUGGGGUAAAGAAAAACUCACAAAGCGAAUUUAUAAAGGAAUACCGGACAGAUUUCGAGGCGACGUUUGGGCAAGGCUGUUAUUUCUAGAGCAGUUAAAAGAGGAACAGAUUGGGAAAUAUGAGGAAAUGAAGAAACUGGGAUGCAAAUGGUCUACUGAUGUAAGACAGAUUGACUUGGAUGUUAACAGAACUUACAGGGACCAUAUGUUUUUUCGUAAGAGAUAUGACGAGAAGCAGCAGCAACUCUUCCAUAUUCUUGUGGCUUACUCAAUGUACAAUCAAGAAGUUGGGUACUGCCAAGGGAUGUCUCAGAUAGCUGCACUGUUACUGAUGUACCUGAAUGAAGAGGAUGCUUUCUGGGCCCUCUCUGCCCUUAUGUCCAAACCAAAAUAUGCUAUGCAUGGUUUCUUUAUCCCAGGAUUUCCCAAACUGUUACGUUACCAGCAACAUCAUGACAAAAUACUCGAAAAAUUUCUUCCCAAGCUUAAAAAACAUCUCGAAAGAAACUGCAUCGACUCAGGGCUGUAUACUCUCAAGUGGUUUUUUCAGUGUUUCCUUGAUAGGGUACCGUUCACACUAACACUCAGAUUAUGGGAUAUUUUUUUAUUGGAGGGGGAACGCCUUCUUGUGGCCUUUGCAUACGUUAUUCUUAAAUUACAUCGGCGGCAAAUUGCGAGACUAGACAUGGAUCAGAUCUUGGAUUACCUUCAGAAGAAGCUGGAAAAAGAUUUUAGCUAUGAUGACGACUAUGUCAUAGAAAGUUUGGAAAAAGCAAUGGAAGAGCUCAGAAAAGCAAAGCUAGACCACCCAGGGGCGCCACCUGAUUGUGAACUACCGCAGCAACCUUUUGGCAUGUUUAUAGAACCAACCAUUGAGAAGGAAUCUGGGAUUCGACGAGGUUUCACUGAAGAGGAACGUCAGAUAACGGAGAAGCUGAUGAAAAGGAAUGAAACUGUUGGUCUCAACGGCUCACAUCUCUCAGUUGACAGAGGGUCACGAUAUUCAUUGGAGUGCAGCAUUGACGAAGUAAGCAGCCUGGGAGGAGUUGGAGGUUCCCGUGCUUCCCUUGCCAACACAUCACUAACAUCUGCUGCAGAUCUCUCCACUUUGUCUUCUGUAACAUUGGCCAGACGUGGGGACAUUGAUGCAGCUUCUAUACAGUCCGGCCGAUCCUUGAUGUCUCCCGAUACACGGUCUGUACAAUCUGUAAGAUCACCAAGAUCACCAACAGAUAAAUUCAGACAUUCAAAUAGUCAGUCACCUUCACAGUCACAGCAAACUAAUGGUGAAAUACAUUCAGAUACACGUUCUGUGCAUAGUGAAAGUGAGGUUGUGCAUAAUGGUGUAUUGGGCAGCCCUAACAAUAGCCCAUCCACUCCCAGGCCUUCUUGUUUAUCUGUAAGUCAGACAACUUUGCAGGGUGGAGAAGCACUGCAGUCUGAGCCUGCCACACCCAAGGCUACAGAGACGCCUGACACUGUGCGCAUAUUUGUGCCAUACUCAGGGAAUACAGAAUCGUUGACUCCCAAAAGUCAAGUUGCCAAGUCUCCCCUUGGUGGAGGAGAAUUUAAAUAUAUACCUGGUAGCCCCGAUGAUCCCAACAGAAUUAUGAUUCAUGUGGAUGGGGAUGACUCCUUAUCAUCUCCAAGGUCGUCAGGAUUCAGUAAUUCACCGAGAGACAUUGUUAGUUCACAGAAUUUUUCAUCACCUUUGGAAUUAUCAUCAUCAUGUUCACAAGAGCAGUCUGUCAGUGAGCAUAACAUGAACUUUAAACAAGAAUUUUCUCCACAGGUAGGAACUGCCCCAAUUCCAGUAUCUCCUUCACUGCCCAGGCUGGAGACAGCACGAACCCGCCCUAUCACUCUAGACAGUCCUGAGUUUGAGGAGGGUCUCUUAUAAUGAUGAUAAUAAGUACAAGUCACUUUGUGAUUGGCUUUUACUCCUCCUCCUCCUCAGACAUUUGCUUAAGAGUAAAAUGAAAUUGAAGUAUACUCACAGUAUUUCACAAAAAAAAAAAUACCAAAAAAACUGAAAUGAAAUAGUAAUUGAGUAAAACUGUUCGUGAUUUAAAUUGGAGUACAUACUACUUAAUAUGGUCUCAAAACGAUGAAUUGAGUAUUGCUAAUGAUCAUGGACCAUGUGAAUCAGAUUGUAUGUGAAUAUUGUUGAUUAAUGAAAGAGCUUAUUGCUCUUAAUUAGUAAGUGUACUUAUUAGAAUUGGUGUUUCUAGAGCAUCUAGCACUCCUAUUGAUUAGAAAGCCAAUUCUAGCAUAUUUUUGUAUUACUCAUGUUCUAGUCUUCCUUUUUUUCCUUUCUGUUUUGGUGAUUGGCCAGUAACCCCUAGAAUCUGAGGUUAACAGCUGAUCGUUCUCUUGAUUACCCUUGUCAGCAUCAGCAGCGAUAGUAAUUUGCUGUGACAAUGUCAAUUUUUAUGUGGAUAUGCCAUUCCAAGUAAGGCCAACAUUUGUCAUUAUUGAUCAUUUAGAAUUGAUAGUUAUUUUGCAAGACUUCUACAGUGGAAGUUAAAGAGCAUUAACAUUCCAGGUGUAUUAUAGUGUGUUAAGGUUUACUAAUGAAACAAUUUGACGCGCAUUUAUGUUGUGCAUAUUUAUUUUACUCACGUGAAUUACAGUAUAAUUAACGAGUGUUUACUAAUUUCUUACGUUGAUUCUUGACAAUUGUGUUUUUGCCUUGUUAACUGGAUGUUUCUCAAUCAUGAAUGCCAAUGUGCAAUAUUUUUUAAAUUGAAGGGAACAAGUCCUAGCCAUGAAAAAUUAUGGUUCAGGUGAAGAAGGCCAAAAAUGCUCAUUCCAUUUUGUGUAAAUCUGUAUUUAUUUGACAGACACAGAGUUACUCUGUGUGUGUGUGACAGGUCAUAGUAAAAGCUGUGUGAAUACAAGAAAUCCAUAUGUGGAUGUGUGUAAGUGUGUACACAUGCAUCUGAGUGUAUGUAUGUAUGUAUGUAUAAUCUGCUUUCACAAUGUGUAAGUGUAUGUAAAUAUACAAAUAUUUAUGUAAAUAUGUAGAGAACAGAAAAUAAAAUUGUGUUUGUGUAUACUUUUAUACACAUUAUUAUAUACAUAUAAAUAUGCAUACACUAGCACACAUGCGUGAAUAUAUAUUUAUGAUUACACAACACCCACACAUAUAGAUAUGUGAUCCGACAUGAUUUUUGAAAUUUGGGAUUAGGGUACACGUAGAGUCAUUGGGAAGAAAAUUGGAGGUAUGGCGUUGCAGGAUGAAAAGUUUAUUGUCUUUAUUUUAGAUAUACUGUAUCUGAUCACUGCUCCCACUAAGUUUCUGAUGGACAGCUUGUAUUUUUGAACGGAAGUGUACACUUUUGAAUUUCAUGUAGGCAGUGGGAACGUUUCCCAAGUGUGACUUCUCACAGCUUGGGGACUUUGCCCAGCAACCAGUUAUGAUAAAUUUUGUGUUAUUUUUUAUAAUUUUUCAUUAAUCAAACAGUAUUAUUUUUAAUUGUAGAUAGUUUUUGUAUGUAUUAUGUACGUAUUUGUUUAUAUUAACAUAAGUAGAAGAGCAGUUAUGGGUAUCUGCUCAUAUGGUUGUAAGUCACAAUGCCCUUUCUCUUCUUUGUUUUGUUUACUUACAACUUUCCUCAUAGAUUAGCUGAUAACCUGUACGGUUUCACAUAGAUCUGCAGAUACUUCGAGAGGUCAUUCAUAGUGUGUGACUGGGACAGUACUUGAUUGGUCUUUAUAUUAAAUUUAUGCUCUCUCUCUCUCUCUCUCUCUCUCUCUCUCUCUCUCUCUCUCUCUCUCUCUCUCUCUCUCUCUCUCUGGGGUUGUAAUUUUGUUAAUAAAACAAUGCAAUGAGUUCACCAUCUAUAUAAUCGACUACAUUAGUAUCAACAUUGCUGAAAGAAGCUGUAACCCUAGGUUGUAUUUCUUAACUUGUUGACUUAAGCAAGUUGAGAUUUCUUAAUAAUUAUUUGAAUUGUAUGCAAAUUAAAGCUAGCAUAUAUGUGUAUUAUCAAUCUUGUUUUAUGAGUAUGGAUAGGUGCAGUUUGCAACAUUUUUGAUAAUCUUUUUGGAAAGAUUUAUAGAACAUAUGCCUUGAUUUUCAUAAUUUUUCAAUUCUCAUCAUUCCUCUGAGGUUGGUGGUGAACUGCUGGAUUUUUUCAUUUUUUGAAAUUCGGUUUAUUUCUGGUAGUUUCCAUAUAACUGUGGUUGAGAGAGAGAUAAUGUCUGAAUGUGUGUGCAUGUGAUACAAGUUGUACUUUUUCAUCCGUUAGGUUGCAACUGUUGGUUAUACAAACUAAUGAGGCUGUAUGAUUAUAUAGAUAAAUUUUUGUGGUCAUCAACUUGCUUUGUGUGAUAUGCAAAAUUGGAUACAAAUUCUUGAAGUAAACUGGCUAGUCAUGCCAGCAUAAUCAGUUAACAUAGGUGGUAUCAUCAAUGAAUAUGUUAGUUCUUUAAGUACCUUUGAACAUUUGGUCUGAUUUCAUUCAUUACAUAUUUAUUUUUGUCAUGUUAAGUUUGAGUUGCUGGGUCCCGAUGUUAUUGACAACAGUUACAUUAAUUUUUCAGAUUCUCUUCAAGUGAAUGUGUCUGGUUUUGUUAAUUUCCACAGGUUAGCUCAAGUUUUCUCUCAAAUUCGUUUUACUUUAGAAUUUAAGUCAUUCACCAUAUAGUUCCCUUAUUGUAUUUGGAUCAAUAAUUGUGUUAGGUAAGUUGGUAUUUCGCAAAAGAUUGAAGACAGGGUCGUUUCAUCCCUAGGUUUUGAUGAACUGGUGUAUGCCAUUCUGAGAAAAUAGGCUUCAAAGAUUUUGAUAUUGUUCAGAGCUUCUACUUAGCUCAACUUUUGAGGAAAUUUGGUUUGGAAAUGUGACAACGGAGACAGCUGAAGUUUUGACAUGUACUAUUAUAGAGUAUAAAAAAACACAAUUUUGCUGAAAACUCAAGUACUUAGAGAAAGUGGGAUACACCAGUUUGUCAAAACAGGGACAAUUUGAAAAAUUAACAACCACUCUUAUGGUAAAGCAACACCAAAUUUUUGUUUUAUCAUCUUUUGGAAUUUCCACGCAAUGCAAAUAGUAAUACAUACACAACCAUAGACACAUACAUUACUUUAGAAAAAUCUUGGCAGCAGUUAGGCAGCCACUGACAUGAAAUCCUAGUAUGUAGAAAAUAUAUGGUGCCUGCAUUUUAUUAUUUUGUGGGCUUGUGAUUUUAAUUUUAUGAUGCAGAGAACAGAAGUAUGAAGUUUUGGUUUUACGUAGUCUUAAGAGUGUUUUACAUUCCAGGUUUCAUUUAUUUCUUGUCAGUGAUGUAAUGGAAAGACGAUGUCAUGUUUUCAUGAGUUCUGAAGGUUAUUUUGAGUUUUAAGAAGCAAUGUAGGCAAGUGGCUUUUUGAAAGUUCAAAGUGUAAGAUGUUUUGCCACAUAGUAUUGUCACACAAUAGAAUAAAUUCGUUGACAUGUGAAGAAAAAACACAUCAUCAAAAUAUGCAAGAAUGUAAUUAUAAUAGAGUAUAAACGAUACAAUUUAUGACUGAUUGUCCGAGUGAUAUGUACUGAAGUUUUAAUUGAUAAGUUUUGCUGCUUUUCAAUAUGUAUGUGAACCUUGAUAUUUUAUUUAGGAAACCUUGCUUUUUUAGGUGUUUAGAGAGAAAGUUGGGUCUUACUUGAAUGAUAAAUGGGUCAGAUAUUUGCUAGUGUUAUCUCAGUGCACUGUAAAUUGUGAUGUCGGAAGUGAUAUUGUAAAAAAAAUACUCCCCUAAUUUUUAAAAGGAAUUGCACCUGAGCCAUAAUAUCAAAUAGCAUUGAUUAUGUCGAUAGGUGUAAACACAAGGUUUUUAAGAUAUUCAUCCUGCAUAGAUUAGGUCAAAAGCAAUAUAUUCAUUUUAUUGUGUCGCCAUUUCAUUCAUUUUCUGCUUGUCAUUUAUUCAUACAAAUCAAUAUUUGUUGCUUUCAAGAUUUUUGUAAAUGAAUUGCAAUUGUAUUUCUGGUAAGUUGUCAGUAGAUGAAUUGUCAUUUACUUUGCAGUUAAUUGGAGGAGAAAUUAAUUAAAACAUGAUUAGAA